UGGAAAUCUGCGCUCAAGGACAUGCGCUGGUAGGGUCGGAUGAACAGGGACGAAGUUUGAUCUAUUGGUUGUUCUUAUUCGUGUUUCUGCUGUUGUUAUUAUUGAUGUGUGAGGCAGCCGAAGAGUCCAAAAUUACGGCCUUUUUAAUCGAUCGCGUUCGAUCGUGUAUCCUCGAUCGAAACCAUCUUUUUGAGGGGGGGUUCAAGUUGAUUUUUUUUUUCUUUUUUGAGGAAAGAAAGGCGGUGAUCAGGAAAAGGAGACGGAAAAGGUUUGCUUUUUUGAUCUCUUUUUCAGAUAAAGGAAAGAGGAGGCGGAGUUGGAGGGGGUUUUGCAGUAAAGUUCGUCGCUUUUCCUUCUCUGAUCAGUGAUCGCUGCGUUUCUGCUUCUUUCCUUUGUUUUGUGCAGUAUCUUUUGAUCUGUGUCCACCUUUUCUCUUCUUCUGAUCACUGUUGAUCGAGGUCAUAUCAGCCAGAGUCGGUAAAAACUUGAUCUUAGGCUGGGGAUUGAGAUUAUGAGAGCGCAAUCAAGCGAGGAGGAGAGGGAUCGGGCCGGAGAGAAAAAGGAAGCGUCUUGGAAGAGUUUUGGGGGCAAGGCGGCGGCGGCAGCCAUGACCGUCGGGAAGUUGUCUCCGCCGCGACUAAGAUUGUCCGGCGACGCUGGUUUUAUCUCUUCCGGCCUCUCUCUCGGACUGCCAAUGAUGGCCGGCGGCGGCGGCGGCGGCAGCGAUGGGGAUUCUUCCAAGCGGAACCGAGAAGAUGAGAAUGAAAGCAGAUCGGGAAGCGACAACUUGGAAGCUAUCUCCGGAGACGAUCUAGACCAGGUGAACGACAACAAUAGCAAUUCUCGCAAGAAGAAGCGAUACCAUCGUCACACUCCGCAGCAGAUUCAAGAACUCGAAGCAUUGUUCAAAGAGUGUCCUCACCCCGACGAGAAGCAACGGCACGAUCUCAGCAAGCGGCUGUGCUUGGAGACUCGGCAAGUCAAGUUCUGGUUCCAGAACAGACGCACCCAAAUGAAGACUCAAAUCGAGCGACACGAGAAUACGAUUCUUCGGCAAGAGAACGACAAGCUGCGGACGGAGAACAUGGCCAUCCGUGAGGCGAUGUGUACUCCGGUGUGCGACAACUGCGGAUCUCCGGCGGUGCUCGGAGAGAUCUCGAUGGAAGAGCAACAGCUCCGCAUCGAGAAUGCGCGACUCAAGGAGGAGCUCGGCCGCGUCUGCACCCUCGCCAGCAGGUUCCUCGGCAAGCCCAUCGAUAUCUCCUCCCUGCAGGCGCCGAGUUCCAUGCUCGAGCUCGGCGUGGGGAUGACAAACAGCUUCGCGGUGGCACCUUCCAUCACCGUUUUUCCGGAAUACGACCCGUUGAUGAGUUCGAUCGCGCCGCCGCCUCUACCGACGAUGGGAAGCGAUCAGAGCUUGGUGGUCGACCUUGCGCUGGCCGCGAUGGAUGAGCUCGUCGCCAUGGCGCAGAUGGAGGAGCCGCUUUGGGUCCGGAGCUUCGUGGAAGGCGUCGCCGGAGCAGAAACUCUCAACCACGAGCAGUACCACCGAAACUUCCGCCGCCUCAUCAUGCCAUCGCCGGCGGCAUAUGUGUCGGAGGCGUCGAGAGAAACCGGCAUCGUGCUGAUAAGCAGCGUCGCCCUCGUCGAGACAUUCAUGGAUCCCGAUCGAUGGGCGGAAAUGUUCUCUACCAUCGUCGCCAAAGCGACUGCAACCGAAGUAAUAUCCAGCGGCGUCGCCGGAACAAGAGACGGCGCGCUUCAAAUCAUGCGAGCGGAGUUGCAAAUCUUGUCGCCAUUGGUAGCGGUCCGCGAGGUGAGCUUCCUCAGGUUCUGUAAGCAGCACGCCGACGGCUUUUGGGCCAUCGUGGAUAUCUCCGUCGACGGCGGGCUUGCUUCUUCGAGCUGCCGGCGACUGCCCUCCGGUUGCUUGGUGCAAGACAUGCCCAAUGGCUACUCCAAGUUGAUAUGGGUGGAGCACGCAGAGUACGACGAAGCCGGAGUCCAUCCGAUGUACCGAUCGCUGCUCCGAUCCGGCCUCGGGUUCGGCGCCGGAAGAUGGGUCGCGGGACUUCAUCGCAGGUGCGAGUCGCUCCGCCUUCUCAUGUCUCCUGCCGCGGCCUCCGGCGACGAUACCGCGGCGGCGAUGAUGGCCGGCGUCGGGCGGCGGAGAAUAAUGAAGCUCGCGCAGCGGAUGACGCUGGCGUUCUGCGCGGGAGUAGUGCGCCGGCCCGCGGCCGCGGCGGCAGGGGAGUGGAGCGCGGUGGAGCAGGUGGCGGUGGAGGAGGCGCAGUCGGCGGAGGAAGCGGUGCGGGUGUCGAUGCGGAAGAGCGUGACGGAGGCAGGGGAGCCUCCGGGGGUGGUUCUGAGCGCCGCCACCGCGGUGUGGCUGCCGGUGGUUCCGCGCCGGCUCUUCGACUUCCUCAGCGACGCGGGAUUCCGGUGUCGGUGGGACAUUCUCGCCAACGGUGGGGCCGUCUACGAGAUGGCCCACGUCGCCACGUCCGCUAACGAUUCCGUCAACGCCGUGUCCUUACUGCGCUCCUCAACAUCGCAGCAGUUGAUCCUGCAGGAGACGUGCAGCGACGCCGCCGGCGCGACGGUGGUGUACGCGGCGGUGGACGCGCCGGCGCUGCACCACAUGAUGAACGGCGGCGACGACGGCUUCGUGGCGAUCCUGCCGUCCGGCUUCGCCAUCCUCCCCGACGCCGAGACCCCAGCCGGAGGCUCCCUUCUGACAGUGGCGUUCCAAGUCAGCCACCGGACGGCGGAGCUUACGGCGGAGUCGCUGGAGACGGUCAACGGCCUCGUCUCCUGCACGCUGCUCAAGAUCAAGGCCGCCCUCCGCUGCGACGUCCACUGAGCAACAAACCAAAUUAAUCAAGAUCAUUGACGUCUAAUCAAUAAUUAUUCGAUGCGAUUAAGCAAAAAUUAAACUCCUGUAAAUAAUUUUAUUCAUUACAUGGAUAUCGAUCUUCAUUUCA